AUGGCGGAGCAAAAGGUUCACAGGAGCACAGUGGCCUUCAUCACUGUGAAGUUUGGAACCACAAAGUCUCUUCCUAUAGCUUGCUACCUGAUCAACUUUGUUGCAAGUUCCUGCAAUGUCACCUGUACCACAGACUACAUCUCAACGCUGAACUGCUGGGAUGCGGACGUGACGGGACAGAAUUUCUGUCAUGUCGAUCUUGAAUGCAGGGAUGAGGAUCUAUCUGCAAAAGGGAACUGCACAACCGGGCCCUCCCGUCGCUGGUGCACAAUGGAGCCAGAGAACUUUGACUACUUUGCUUAUGUUGAUACUGUUUGCUCACUGACAGUAAAUGAAAGAAAUCUGAUACAAAGAGUGGAGGAGAAAAUUACAAACAAAACCUGGAUUUUGCGGGACUUUAUAAAGCCAAGAGCUCCCAUCAACCUGAACAUUGUGAAGACAGAGGGGGAUUAUAAUCUGACUUGGGACACUGAAUAUAUAAACGAACAUGGCCUAUUUUUACAGGGCCAGUUUAUUUAUGUGUUGCGAAUAAGGACCAAAAAUGCAGAUGAGGUACUAAAAUACUAUGAUAUCAGACAGGAUCAAAAAUACCUCGUUAUCAACCAGGAAAAUGUGCAGUCUGGGAAAACAUGCUUGGCAGAUAUUAAGGCCUCUGUGAAUCCACUGCUGCUUCCAUCCUUUUGGAGUGAAUGGAGCAGUUCUGUUGAACUGACAUGUCCUUGGACCAGUAUUUCAAAUGAUACAGCAUCUUUCUCUGUGUCUCUUUGUGUAUUUUUUCCCCUUAUUUAUAGAGGGCCCCUCAAAAAACUACCAUUUUACCAGUACAUUCCAAAUCCUGAAGACUACUUCAAACCACUUUACCAAAAACACGAGGGGGAUUUCAAGAAAUGGGUUGGCCCUGUCCUUAUCUUUAGUCACUGUGACCCUCUGGAGAAGAGUGCUCCCCUGCAGGUACUGAGUGAGAAACAAAUGGAGGCUCUGGGACAGCAGAUGGAUGGCACAGAGGUGUACGACAGCGGCGGCAGCGGAGGCGAGGACAGCAGCGGGAGCAAUCAGGAGGACUGGAGUCUCCUCAGCCAGGCCAACAACAACUCCUCGAGACUUUACUUCUUAGGAGGCAGCAGCCUUGGUGCUACACAUUCGAGCGGUCACAUCUCCAUCGACACGGUGACUGUGUCUGGGCAGGAGGGCACCGUGUCGGAGUGGUCGGGGGAAAGCGCGAUGGGUCCUCUCGACGGGUACGGAGGCGCUCGGCAGGAGAUGGAGAACGUGGGUGAGGAGCACGGCGUUGCGAGGCUUAGUGGGAGGGAAGACUUUGCUCACUGGGAGCUUCGGGGUCAAGACAUGGAGGCAGAACAGAUCUCAUUAGAGUCUUUCAGCUCUAACGAACAGUCGGAAUACGGUUACCCUCGUAUGGGCCUUGACCUAGACACCAUUGACAGUGGCUUUAUGGAGUCAGACUGCUCGAGCCCAGUAAACUCAGAGUUUGAUGGGAAUGAGCAGAUGGACAGCGCCAUCCUUGCUGGGCCUGGAGGUUCCCAUUCGAACUACGUCAAACAGUGGGUGACUUUUACCACUGUACAAGGAGACACCAGCACCUCUAGUCAGGAGAGCCAAUGA